UCCCCGACCUCCGUCAGAAAUGGGGAACGUGCAGUCGGAGCCGUCCGCGGGCGGGGGCUCCCGAAAAGAGCAGGCCUCGGACCGCUCCUCUGACUCCCGCCGGACGUCCCUGGUGGAGCCCGAGGUGACCCCCUCCUCCCCGGCCAUGCGCCUGGCUCGCGGGCUGGGCGUCUGGUUCCCUGGCAGCUCCGCGCACCCGGGAAUCCUGGUACCCCCGGAGCCCCAGGCCUUAGAACUGCCCUCGCCAGCGACGCCCCUUUCAGAGGCGGCGGCUGCGGCCGCGAUCCCCACACAACCCCCGCCCCCCGUGGGGCCCCUGCUGCCCGCGCCGUCUAAGUGGCGAAAACCCAUGGGCACUCCGGUGCCUCGGGUCCGCGGUCUGCUGGAGGCGAGCCAUCGCGGCCAGGGCGAUCCUCCGAGCCUCCGUCCGCUGCCGCCGCCGCCCCGGCAACUACCUGGAGAGGACCCCAACUCCGUCCCGAGGGCCCCUUCCCCUACUCCGCCACGCUUGGAGCCGCGGAAGCCGCCACCACCGCCACCUUCCGACCGGCAGCACCCGGACCACAGAAUCACUCCUGCUCUGGCCACAGGCGCCACACCCCCCGCAGAAAGCCAGGUCGGGUACUGCGGCCAGGGCCAGACGGCCGGCGGAGCCCGCAGGGGGGCCCUUCCCCAAGCGGGCGAGGGCGAGACGGCCCGGCCUGCGGUGUCCGAGUCCGGCCUGAGCCUGCUGUGCAAAGUCACCUUCAAGUCGGGGCCCAUGUUGGCCCCUCCGGCAGCCUCGAGUUCCCUGGCGGCAGCCUCGAGUUCCCUGGCGGCCAAAGCCUCGCUGGGGGGCGGCGGAGGACUCUUCGCUGCCGCCCCGGGUUCCAUCUCUUACGCUGAGGUCCUGAAGCAGGGGCCCCUGGCUCCCGGGGCCGCGCGACCCUCGGGCGAGGUCCCUCGGGGGACUCAGGAAGCAGAAGGCGGUGAUGGAGACGGCGAGGGGUGUUCUGGACCCCCCUCGGCGCCUGUGUCCCACGCCAGGGCCCUACCGCCGCCACCCUACACCACUUUUCCAGGCUCGAAGCCCAAAUUUGACUGGGUGAGCCCUCCCGACGUCCCUGAGCGCCACUUCCGCUUCAACGGAGCCGGUGGCGGUGUCGGGGUGCCCCGACGGCGCGCGGCCGCGCUCUCAGGGCCCUGGGGCUCCCCACCGCCUCCGCCAGGACACACGCACCCAGCCCCCGGGCCCCGGAGGCCCGCACCGGCCCUGCUGGCGCCGCCUAUGUUCAUCUUCCCGGCGCCCACCAACGGCGAGCAAGAGAGCCCCGGGCCCGGACGCCCACAGGAGUUGCCGCCCCCGCCGCCGCCCCCGCCGCCGCCCGCGCCGCCGCCGACACCGCAGCCGCGGGUGCUCCAGUCCACGCCGCUCCCCGUGGCCCGCCCUCCCACCCCACACCCGGGCCACUCGAAGUCGGCUCUGGCCCCCGCCCCAGCUCCCACUCUGCCCCUUGCCUUGGCUGCCGACCAGGCCCCCGCCCCGGCCCCGGCCCCGGCCCCCGCCCCGGCCCCGGCCAUGGCUCCGGCCCCCACCCCGCCACCGCUGCCCGCGCCCGCACCCAUCAAGGCCCGCACGCGCAGGAGCAAGGGCCCCCGCGCAGCCCGAGGCGCGACCCGUGAGGACGGCGCACCCGGAGACGGUCCUCGCGAACGUACUGCAGCUACCGUGACUGACAGUGGCGAUGGAGGGGGUGGUGGCGGCGGGGCUCCUCCAGUGGGGAUGGUUAAUGCGGGCACCAGGCGCCACUGGCCGCCCUUCCAGGUGCUUAACUCUUGUCCCUGCAAGUGUUACUGCCGCCACCAGCCACGUCAUCGCCGUCUACCACGCAACGUGUCUGCCUGGCUGAGCACGCCCACCAACCACCUGAGUGAGCCACCCUGGGUUGCCACCAUCAAGCUGGCCGGCUCCCUGGUGGCCGGGCUGGAGCACUACGACUUGCAGGCCACCCAUUCCAACUGAGUGCAGUCUGCUCAGCGCCCCCUGCCUCCCCCUUGACAAUAAAAUAACCAUCCAGAUGUCUA